UUCCCCCGAGAUGGCUACAAAGAGGCGCGGGCCCGCAGCCGCCGCUUGUCAAUUUGCACGGCGCGUCACGUGGCCGCACCUCCCCGCCGAGGCCGGAGGCUCUCCACGUCAGCUUACGUCUCCCAAUUUCUUACUUCACGGAUCUGCUUCAAAGGGGCAGCUGCGCUAGAGAAUCAUGUUAAGCUCAGCUAAUGCGGAGAAGCCGAGGUAGCCCUAAUGAUGGAUUUUGAUGAGCGUGUUCCUUGUUCCUCUAACAUGUAUUUGCCAAGUUGUACGUACUACGUCUCGGGUCCUGAUUUCUCCAGCCUCCCUUCUUUUCUGCCCCAGACCCCGUCUUCUCGCCCUAUGACAUACUCCUACUCCUCCAACCUGCCCCAGGUCCAACCCGUGAGAGAAGUGACCUUCAGGGAAUAUGCCAUUGAUCCCUCCAGUAAAUGGCACCCCCGGAACAACCUGCCCCACUGCUACUCCGCAGAGGAGAUCAUGCACAGAGACUGCUUGCCUUCCACCACCACCGCCAGCAUGGGCGAGGUGUUCGGCAAAAGCACCGCGAACGUCUACCACCACCCCAGCGCCAACGUCUCCUCCAAUUUCUAUAGCACGGUGGGCAGGAACGGGGUCCUGCCGCAGGCUUUCGACCAGUUUUUCGAGACGGCGUACGGCACGGCGGAGAACCCGUCCUCCGCGGACUAUCCGCCGGACAAGAGCGGCGAGAAGGCGCCCGCGGCCGCCGGGGCGACGGCGGCAACUUCAAGUUCGGAGGGCGGCUGCGGCGGGGCGGCGGCGGCGGGGAAGGAGAGGCGGAGGCGGCCGGAGAGCGGCAGCAGCCCCGAGUCAUCUUCCGGCAACAAUGAGGAGAAAUCCGGCAGCUCCAGUGGACAACGGACCCGUAAAAAGAGAUGCCCCUACACCAAAUAUCAGAUUAGAGAGCUAGAAAGGGAAUUCUUCUUCAGUGUCUACAUAAACAAAGAGAAACGCCUCCAGCUCUCCCGAAUGCUCAAUCUGACCGACCGCCAAGUAAAAAUAUGGUUUCAAAACAGAAGAAUGAAAGAAAAAAAAAUUAACAGGGACCGAUUACAAUAUUACUCAGCUAAUCCACUACUUUAAAACUCGUAGCGUUUUUCAAGACGAGAUUAAAUUCAGAUUUCGCCCUUGACAAGGUCAAGCCACGAGGUUACAUGGAGGAAGGAGGUGUGUAUCAGACGGGACUCGAAGAACCCGAGGUUUUCCAUACAUGUAAAUCUGCUCUGGACCUUCCAUGACGGUUUAUUGUUUUGUCUAUAUAUUUACGUACCAACUGGAAUCGGUUUGAUUUUGCCACACGUGGCGUCCAUCCAUUUCCACCCCGCGCGUCACCUCCGAGCGCCCAGCCCACGCCUCUCACCUUCCCGGGCACCGCGUUCGGCAGCUCCGGGCGGGGACGGGGGUGUCCCCGUGUCCCGCUGCCCCCGCGGAGCGUGGCGUGGACACCGGCACCCCGAGCGGCCGCAGCCAGGACGCGAACUUUGGGAAAUGAUCUCUCGUCCUUCCCGGAGGAGAAAUGUCUGUGGUAGAGGCAGUGCGCCAUUGCCCACGGGUUUGAAAGGGGAAUUAAGGGAGGGGGGAGAGAACUAAAGGGGAGGGGGUGACAUGCCUACACCUUCACGAGGCCAACCAUGAGCAGCUGUAACAUGGAUGUAGCGAUGGGUACAAUAGUGUUUCCUUUGGGGUGGGAGGAAGCGGGGAAGGGGGUGGGAAGAGAAAUAAAUGAAAGACUUAAGUAUUUACUUUAAAAAGAAAAAUCAGGUAUAAAUUUGCCAUACAUCGUAAAGAAACAAUCACUGAAAAGAAAAAGAAAAAAAAAAAGCAAAGAUUUCGCAAAUCGUAACUAGAUCUCAUUUUAUUUAUGACAACUGCCUGCGCGUUGCCAUCUUUUUGGAGACAAAUCAUAUUUAAAUGCUAAAAAUAAAGCGUCAGGAAAAAAAAAGUGUGAAUUUCAACGUUUUAAAAGAAAAAAAAUACGGAGAGGAAACUAACCUUCUGGCUUCUGGCUCGCAAACUUUCUUCAGGAAAUACCUGUGGAGAACGACAGUUUAGCAAAUACCACACAACACUUAAUUGAAACUUGGAGUUGUGCAAUGCACUAACAUUGGAUCAUUAAAAUAACCCAGUCGCAUGCUCUUGUGAAGGUGACCAGUGAGGAGUUUAAUCAGAAGCCAAACAGUGUAAAUACGGUCAUUUUGUUGUCGUCUACUUUAAAUGUCACGAGCUCUACUUUGUCGCCCAGUCGACGUAUGCAAAGAACGGAGAGUUGUUCGGAGUUAUUUUAAGUAUCUAUAAAUAUAUAUAUUUCCCUGCAGGAACCAAAGCGUGAAAAAAAAAAAAAAAAAAGCAAUUUAAAAAGAAAAGGGAAAAAAAAGGAAAAUAUUUAAAAUUCUAUAUCAGUUUACAAAGGCUACGGAGUUCUAUCGUUAAGGUAAUUUGCUGUUCAGAGUAUCUGAAUGUAUAUUUCAUACAGGAGCGAUGUUUUACAAGACUUGUAAAUAAUAAAAAGAGGAACCCAUGACCUAUUUUGUUCGAAUGCUUUUUUUUUUUCCUGAUUUUUUUUUUCCUCCUUUGUGGCUUAAGGGUGUGGGGUUCUCUACAUGUGCAACAAAGUGGUGAUAAGAAAGUUUUUGGAUGAAUAAAUUUACCAAAUGGAUGUAAGUUCUUUGUCACAGUUCACCAAACGCAGUAUCUCUAUAUGACAUCACUGUUUUCAGUAUGUAUCGACUAUGUGUAUAUACCGUUUUCUUUUAAUACGCGAAAGUACUUGGUUGCAUGUAUGCAGUGGAACAGCGCACAAGGAAAAUAAAAACAAUGGAAACUUUA